UUUGUAAAUAAUAAAUAUAUGGUAAUAGUAAAUAAAGGAAUUCUCAUUUUAUAUUUGUAGCUUUUAAUAUGAUCGCAAGAUCUCCCCGCUCCCGAUACCUACCUACUAAUUUAAAGAGGAGCAGACACCGAUUGCUUUCUUGCUCAGAAUCCUGAUCUCUGUGAUGCUAGCCGAUGAGCGGGACUUUGGUAGGGUCCUCAAGCAAGUGCAACUAUCUAGUGUAAGAGUUGAAGUUUGAACGAAACACUUCAGGAUGGAGGAACAACUCUUAAUCCCUAAGGAGGAAAUGUUUGAAGAGCUAGAGAUCACUUUUGAGCCUAACUGUGAAGAUAACAAGGAAUUUAUUGUGCCUAAAAAAGAGUCACACUUAGAUCCUUCAGAUUUAGACCAACAAAAUGUCAACAUAUGUAAGCCAAUCAAAACAGAAACAAUUUUGAGCAAUGAAGUUGUUGAGUUACAGCAAGCAAUCAAGAGAUCUGAAGACAAAGAGGUGUCUGCAAGAUGUCCCAGAACACAGAUUAAACUGGAGCAUUCUCAAGCUGAAGCUAGUUUGACCGCAGAUGGUGCUCAACCACUCGGCAUUCGUUUGCAGAAAACAUGUAUGCAGCCCCAACACAGCAGAGCUGCUGACACAAACAACCUGUACUGUUGCGAUAUAUGCGGGUUCAAAUGUGCAAAGAGAAGUUAUUUAGUUGCACACAUGAGGUGCCACACUGGUGGCAGGCCAUUUUCCUGUAAUUUAUGUCAGGUUAAAUUUCGAAAAAAACACCAUUUAAAUGCCCAUUUAAGGACUCAUACUGGAGAAAAACCAUAUUCCUGUGAUUUAUGUCAGGCCACUUUUGCACAUAAAAGUACUUUAGACGCUCACCGGAGAUCUCACACUGGCAAGAAGCCAUAUGCCUGUGAGCUAUGUCAGGCUAGAUUUCGAGAAAAAUACCAUUUGACUGGUCAUAUGAGGACUCAUACUGGAGACAAACCAUUUUCCUGUGACUUAUGUCAGGCCAGUUUUGCACGUAAAUGUACUUUAAACGCUCACAUGAGGUCUCACACUGGCAUGAAGCCAUAUUCCUGUGAAAUAUGUCCACUUAAAUUUCGAGAAAAAUACCAUUUAGCUCGUCAUAUGAGGAUUCACUCUGGGGAUAAACCGUUCUUCUGUGACUUAUGCCAGGCCACUUUUGCAUGUAAAGGUAAUCUAGAUGUUCAUAUGAGGAGCCACACUGGCGAAAAACCUUAUUCCUGUGACGUGUGUCACGCCAAAUUUACACAAAAAGGUUCUUUGGAUGCUCACACACGGUCUCACACUGGCGAGAAGCCGUAUUCCUGUGGCCUAUGUCAGGCUAAAUUUGCACGAAAAAAUAGUUUAAAUGCUCACAUGAAGAAGACUCACUCUGGACUUCAGGAGAAGCCCCUUACUAUAUCUGUUACCAGUGUAAUGCAAAAUUUAUACAAAGAAAACGUUAAAAAAAGUUAAGCAGUGAUUAGGAAUCACACUGGGGAGCAGUUCUUUUGGUUGUGGUAUCUGUCAGAGCUUUGAGUAUCAAUCUAGUCUAAUGAGACAUGGAAACUCAUAAUAAUUAUGGCUAUCCCACUUGCCGAGUGAGAGUGUGAGGUGUCAGACCUCUCGCUCUCUUUGGUAGUUGAAGUUUGAUAGCUAUAAGUAGGUGUUAGGAGUGCUCUAUCUAUAUAAUAUAUCUACAAAAUAUAGGUAUAUAAUGCAUUUAUGGCUUGUACACAAUCUCAUAGCUAAAUUAUUAGUAGGCCUUAUAUGCUUGUUCCACAGGCGACGAGAAAAAACAACUAGUAUGUCUCGGCGGCCCAUCCGAGUGAUCGGCGCGGGCGCAGUAAUCACUCGCACACUCGCUCAGCGACAUCAAUUACAUACUCGCUUCUCGUUGCUUGCCAACUUGUUUCUCGUUUUUAGCUCAACACUAUUUCUAAUCAUCAUUACCGCUAAUCGUCGACGGUGGGACAAGUACCUAAGAUUUUUUUAAAUAGUCUUAGAGCUACAAUAUAGGUAACUUUAGGUGAAUUAAUAAAAAACAGAAUUAAUAAUUUCAAAACAAUGUUUAUUGAAAAUAACUACAGAGGCAACAGGUAAUUUAGAAAUCGUCAAAAAUUGUGAAUCAAUGGUUCAGUGGAAAAUGAAAAACGUGGCAUUAAAUUGAUAAAAAAUUAAUCACUUUAAAAUAAGAUAAAGCGCUCUCUGUUAACAUGCUUUCCACAUAAAAAUAAAUUAUUUUAUUUAUUAA